AUGUCGACUGCCAAUACUGUAUCGCCAUUUCGCAUCUCGCACCAGGACCGCGACAACCUGGGUCGCAAUGAGGCUUUUCGCAUGAUGCGAGAACAUCUCAGGCGACAGGAAAUGGGCAUGAAGGCCCCAAGCUUUUGCGCCUGCCACCGCAACUCCUGUCUUGCCCAGGAACAAGAGACAUUCCGUCUGCAUCGCGACAUCAUCCACACGCUGCUUCUUCCCUUGUCUCUCCUGUAUCACGAAGCCUCGCGCAUCGCCGCCAAUGUCCUGCCCAGUCGCAAAGGAGCGGAGGCCGACCGGGCCUUCCGGGGGGAGGCACGGAGUGCCUAUGCCUGGUUACACUCGAUUUUGACUGAGGAACACGAUUGGUACUUGACGGAGCGUUGCCCGGCGUGCAUUGUACUUCAUGUGAUGAAUUCCGAGCCCACCAUCCGCUUCAUCGCCGUGGCCUGUCUCUUGUCCGACCACUUGCAAGGGACAAAGAGACGAUUGCCGAGCUUUGAUUUCUGGCUCAGGUCAUUGGAAGCCGCCGUCCGGGAAGAUCCCUUCUGGGGCGAUGAUUUUUGGCCGGAUAUCGAAUACCGCGCGUAUGCGCUGACCGAUAGUGUCAAGGAGCUGGUGUUGCAGUGUCUGGAGCUGCAAGCGGCGCUGGAUCGGCAAGACCUGCCGCCCUCAAUGUCGUACCACGCCGGCUUCCACUGUGACUCGUCACGACCGGCUGUUGUGGCCAAAUCGGCCAACUGCACGCCAGUCACAAUCACAAUGGGCGACGAACAAAAGCUGAUGGCCAAGGUUACCGCCGGUCGCGGCAUGCAGUCACGUCGGACCGACCGGCCUGAACGUUUCCACACUCGCCGCCACGCGGAUGCUCGCAGAAGAUCUGUGACGUCUUGA